GUCGAGAGGAACAUUGUCAAUUUGAGUUAAGUUCCGUUCGGAUAAGCAUCAGCGAGCUGAAGCGCUACUGCUGAUCGCAAGAAGUAAUAGAAGAAAAUAAGGAAGCAAGAAUUUAGCGCGAGUGUCGCCGAAAGUUGAGUGUGUCGAGUGCGGAGAAGAAGCAAAAUAAGAAAGCCGGAUAUAAAUAUGAAGCUGUUGAUUUGUGUGCUAAGUUUGUGCGCCCUGGCGGCCGCUCAGGAUAACUUCAAGGAGUGCCUGGAUAAGGAUUCGAUCUCCUGCGUGCAGAUGAUGUUCUACCGCAAGGCCCGCGAGUUCUUCGACCAGCCCCAGAUCAGCCUCGCCGGAGGGCUGUCCUUCGUGAAGGCAGCCGGCCGUGAAUCGCGCUCGUUCAACGCCGACAAUGCCAUCGUCGAAUCGGCAAACAGCGUCGAAAGCCGCGAGGAAGCCCUCGAGAGCUACGUCGUGGAGCGCACCAAGAACUUCUUCCAGGAACGAUCCCUCAAUCUGGACAUGGCCAGUGCCGCCCGCAGCAUGUCCACCGUCCUGCCCGAGGAAGUCAAGUCGUCGAUGCGUGCCCUCGUGUCGGAAGCCCGUGGCAAGAAGAAGCUGCUCAAGUCUCUGCUCCCCAUCCUCGGACUGGUCAAGCUGAAGAUCGUCGGUCUCGCCAUCUUGGCUCUGUUCGGUAUCGCUCUGAUCGCCAAGAAGGCUCUGAUCGUGUCCGUAAUCGCUCUGAUCCUGUCCAAAUUCCUGUUCCUGAAGAAAUUGCUCUCCAAGAAGGACGACUCCCACGCCUACCACGGAUCGUCCGGCGGAUGGGCUGAAUCCAGCGGCUACGGUGACUACGGAUCGCACAGCCAGCCAGCUCACUCGAUCGCCUAUGCCGGUCACAAGCCAGUCCGGAAGUAAGCGGCACUACAGUCGACAGUAGUGAGGCGCCAUAAUGGGAGCCGAUCUUUGCUGAUUGGCCUCCGCAAGCUCUUACAACACCCGAGAUAAAUCCCACUCAGUACGUUCCGCACUGCGGGUGGUUGCGCUGCACCAAUAUGCGCAACCCGCGAGGAGAAAGAGAUCGAGACAAAUUAAUUUAUUGAAAUUAUUUAUUACCAUAAACGCGUUUUUCGUUGGAGCGAUUAAUUUAUUUGUUAGCGUUAACGAGAUUCAGGUCUUGAUGUUGUUGAGAUUUUUUGUUUACUUGUUUAGGAUCCUUUUUCUCUUGCCUUUCUAAGCCUUCGAACACACUCAUUUACGUCUGCAUUUGUUUCGAAACCGUAUUCCUAACGGUGCAGUUCCUCGUUUUCAGAGGGAUUCACCACACCAAUUCUGUAAAACUUUAUCUAUUUUACUCAUUCUAGUCUGUAUUUUAACUCUCGCGUAAGCUGAUUAAGGUAAUUUAAUCGGUGUCAGAGAAAGCUUAAAAUAGAAUAUUAUUGCUAUUCUACCUGCAAACGAAGCUCGUCCUAACUUACUAGCCACUAUACUUCACAAUCUACAUUCUUCUUCCCUCGACACUUACCACUACCGGCCAGCUUAGGUCCUAUUCCAGCCAAUCUUCGGUAAAGUGGCGCACAAAGCAACUCAUUUACAACUUUUUCUACAACCAGUCUACAGUUUCCAACAUUUUAUGUAAAUCUUAAGCUUGAAACUCUUCCACCGCGCUUGAUACUUGGCUUCUCUGAAAACUUUUUCUCUCGAUAUUUGAACCGCGCACUCUACACCACGCUUCAAUCAACUUUCUUGCAUCUUCCGCCGAUCAGAUAACUCCUAAUUUUGCGCCACUACCGAUCAUCGAACGGAAAGUCACUCACCUUACUGCUUUUCUUUUCUGCUUACCAAACACAUGGUCUCGUCCAAAAACUGGUUGAGAUCCAACAAGGCAAGCAAUCUGAUAGGCACGCGGCAGUACCAGAGAAAACCAAAAACGCAGAGCACUUAAAACCACUUUUACUGAGCUAAUCGAAAUGGGUACUGUUAUUAUAUCUUGUUCCAUUUCACUGUAAUAGUAGCGAUACUUCCUCGAGUGCAUGUCCGAUGCCUUGUAAUUUUCAUACUUCCCAUCUUGUGUUUCAUCUUCGGCAUCAGUCUAAUUUCUGCUAAACUAUGCUUAUUCUGUCUUUCUCCCCUACUCUGCGUCUAGUGCCCAACCCGAUAAUGGUUGUUUCAAUUUUCACACUUUUUCAACUUAACUAGAGAAAAAGAAGAUGAAAAUAAGCGAAGAAGGAAUACUUGUGAAAAACCACUUGUAAAUAAAUAAAAGAAUGAAGAAAAAACAUCCACAAUUUGCAAACAUAA